GAGGGGAGGAAGCGCGCAUGCGCCGGUUGGGUUCUGCCACUGCCAUCGUGCCCGCGGCGAGGUUGGCGUUUGAUCGCAGUGCGCGCGACCGCCGCGGGGGUUGAGUCAAUUCUUGGAGAAAAAGGGGGAGAGGAGCACGCGCGCCCACGGAGGGGGAACGAGGCGGCGGCCGCUCGGUCCGGACCUCAGCCGAGUUCGGCCAGUCCUGCUCCCCCUCCCCGGCGUGAGCGAGCGGCGCCUCUGCCCGGCUCCUCCUCCCCUCCCCCCGCGGCAGCGAGCGAGCGAGCGAGAUGGCGGCCGCUGGGACUCUGGCUAAGCACGAGCAGAUCUUGGUGCUCGAUCCGCCCACCGACCUCAAAUUCAAAGGUCCCUUCACAGAUGUAGUCACUACAAAUCUUAAACUACGAAACCCAUCAGAUAGAAAAGUAUGCUUCAAAGUGAAGACCACAGCGCCUCGUCGAUACUGUGUGCGGCCAAACAGUGGAAUUAUUGACCCAGGAUCAUCUGUAACUGUUUCAGUAAUGUUACAGCCUUUUGACUAUGACCCAAAUGAGAAGAGUAAACACAAGUUUAUGGUACAGACAAUCUUUGCGCCACCAAGCACUUCAGAUAUGGAGGCAGUGUGGAAAGAAGCAAAACCGGAUGACCUAAUGGACUCCAAAUUGAGAUGUGUGUUUGAAAUGCCCAACGAAAAUGAUAAACUGAAUGAUGUAGAAGCAAGCAAAUCUGCCCCAGUCCUGAAUACAUCUAAACAGGAUGGACCGAUGCCAAAACCACAUAGUGUCUCUCUUAAUGAUACUGAAACAAGGAAACUAGUGGAAGAGUGCAAAAGACUUCAGGCUGAUGUGAUGAAACUGUCAGAUGAAAAUCGGCACCUGAGAGAGGAAGGCUUGAGGCUCAGAAAGGUAACACACUCCGAUAAAUCUGGAUCACCCACAGCCUUGGCCCUCAGAGAGAAUGGCUCCAAUCCUCUUCCUUCACUUCUUGUUGUAAUUGCAGCCAUUUUCAUUGGAUUCUUUCUAGGGAAAUUCAUCUUGUAAAAAGAAGAGAGAGAGAGAGAGAAGCAUGCAGAAUGCAGCUUCCUUUUUUUUUCUUGGCCAGAAAAAGAUUUGUUUACCUACCACUUCAUUGGUAGUAUGGCCCAAGUGACCAUUUUUGUGUACAGCGUCAUACAGGCUUUGCCUUUAAUGAUCUCGCACGGUUAGAAAACACAAUUAAAAAAAGACAAACUGUUCGGCUACUGGACAAAAUUGUACAUUAAAUCAUCAAUAGCAGGUGUCAGUUGCACAUUCAGUCCUUUAUGAAAAUUCAUAAAUAAAGAAUUGUUCUUUCUUUCUGUGGUUUUAAUAAGAGUUCAAAAAUUGUUCAGAGUCUUGUAAAUGUUAUUUUAAUAAUCCUUUAAAAUUUUAUCUGUUGCUGUUACCUCUUGAAAGAUGAUUUAUUAGAUUGCUAAUCCCACUUGUUCAGGAAUAUGACAAGAGGUUUUCUGGGGAGAAAUGGUGCCUCUUACUGUGUAAAUUUUCUCCUUUACCUUACUUUGCUAAUAUCAUGGCAGAAUUUCUUUCUUAUCCCUUGUGAGGCAGUUAUUGGCAGUUUUUCAUCCUUACAAUCCUGUCCCAUGAUAUUUAACAUUAAAACAGAAAUAAAAUUAACAGAUUUUCUGCUGGGUAGCCUGUUUGUGUGUGUCAUACUUUUAGAGGGAUUCCUAACAAAUUCAUUGUUCAUGGUAAUUUGCUUCUUGUAACAAAUGAAUAUUUUUCAAUUUACUUUCAAUCUUUGGCUUAGACUGUUGUAUUUGAAGCUUGAAAAAAAACAUUAAGGGUUCCCAUUCUAUCUAUUUAUGAAGUUCUGAACAGUUUUUUUGGCUGCUUUCAGCUAUAGAACAGAUAAUUAUCUAACUUAUUUUGAGACAUGGAGAUAAUGUGGGUAUCCAGCAGGUAUAAAUAUUGGGAGACAAAUGUUUUCAGUAUUUGGUUUUUAAAUAUUUACUUGGAUUGUGUGGGUGUAUAACAGUCAACCUUCUGUUGCAUCUUUGGGUCUGUUGGGUAUCUUCCAGGGGCAGAUUCUCCUUUGGUUUCAUAAAGGGUACACCAUUCAAGUUUACUAAUCUAUCAGUUCUCUUUGUAACUCCAUUUUAAUUGAUAUUCUUAAAUACAUUUUUUUUCUAUUCAAACACCCAUAAUGAAUUUCCAUGAUGCAGAGGAGUUGAUGUUUGCUGAGCAAGCCUCAAUUAUUUAACUUCCCCCCAAAAAACCCCAAAAACCAAUAAACAAAAAAACUUUCAUGCAACUCUUGGCAAAUUUACCUGUUAUUAACCAUAUAUAUCUAAGUUUUAGAGAAUGCAUUUAUUGGGUCUGAAAUGCUUCCCUGCACUUAAUCUUACAUCUUGCCUCAUUUCUGAUAUACAGGUCAUAAAACCAAGUAGAUGGUAGUAUUGGAAAAAAAUAUAUCCAUACUUCUGACUAAGCAUAAUCCAACACAGGGAAUUACUUGUAAAAUGACAAAUUCUGGAAGGGAUAUACUCCUGUAGGCAAAAUUGUGUAUGUACUUGGACAGCUUGACUUGAUGUGGUGCAGCUAAGUGUGUUAGACCUUGGUGUAUACACACAUUGUGUAGCUGAGAAAAAUGUUCUAGGGAAACAUUCAUUAUCUUGGUUGCCUUUGAUUUCUAGUGCUUUUUAAUGAAAAAUAUAAUUACAUCAUGUUCUGUCAUUGCUAUCUGUGGUAAACUUUUAUAAAAACAUCUUGCAUAUGUACGAGGAAGACAACAAAGAAAAUACAAAUAAUGCUUAUCCUUUCACUUAAAAGCAUGCAAGUACAGAUGUUUCCAUUUGUAUGUUCCAGUAUCUGCAUUCAAGUCUCCUCUCAGCUUAAUGACUGGAAAAAUAUUCUAAAGUCUUGAUUAUUUUGAUUCCAUUGGUUCAGAAACCAAUACAAUUCUCCAACUUGUGCUCUGUCAAAAUGGUGAUACAUUUGACUGUAUAAGCCUGUUCCUUAAAGGAAAGCUGAUAACAUGUAAAGUAACAAAAAAGCUAUAGUGUGCAGGAUGUAGUUUGCUUCAGACAAAGCAAUCAUAAACUAGUGUAUGCAAAGAUUUGUAAUGCCCAGCAUUUUCAGGGCUAUAGAGCAGAGAAAGUCAUUUCUCAGUGCCGCCCAUUUAUGUUGGAUGUCAGGCAUCAGUACUUUAGAAUGGAAAAGGGCACCUAUAUUGAGAUAAAAAUGAUUAUAAAAUCAGCCAAUUAAUAUGAAUUUUUAUAAAUACAAAGCAGGUGGAAAUUGUUAUGCUUGAAGUAAUAUGUGCAGACUAAAAGUGCAAACAGGCAUCGUAACAAUAUACAUAACAUGAGUGCUCCUGAUAUAAGGAGACUCUUUUGGUUUCCAGUAAUCCUUCAUAGCUGUAUAUAAAAUGUAAUGCUAAAACUAUUUUGCUCUCAGGAGUGACUUUGGAUGAGAUCAACUGUAUUCAGUGAAUUAUGUAAUAUGGAUUAAAUUGUUUGUCUGUUCCUGAAA